AUGUCUAAUCAUUAUCAAUUCGACGUCACUAUGAGUUGUGGGGGGUGUUCUGGUGCUAUAGAAAGAGUGUUAGGUAAAUUAGAUGGAGUUGAAAAUGUUACUACCUCAUUAGAGAAACAAUCUGUUGAUGUUAUUACUAAGGAAUCCCUCGAUUUUGAUACUGUUUACCAAACAAUUGCUAAAACUGGUAAGAAGAUCAACAAAGGUAUAGUGGUAAACUAG